AUGCCCUCACAGCUUAUGUUCGAUGCCAUGUGCUGCGCCUUGCGACCAUAUCCCAUGCUCUCUGCGCUCGAAUACUGCCAGCAUUGCGCAUCGGAAAGCAUCAAGGACAGUGUGGUGGACUUCAUCCUGGGUGAACAGUACCGCACGGUGGACUUGACAGAGAACCCAUGUAUUUUCCCCGAGUGUGGGCACUUUUUGACCAUCGAGAGUAUGGAUGGUCAAAUGGGCAUCGGAAACCAUUAUGUUUUGGAUGACAAAGGAAGGCCAGUUUUAAUCGCUUCAUCCUCGCAGCCCUUCUUAAUUGACGACAUUCGCACAUGUGCUAUCUGUCGAGGUUCCCUGCGCAAUGUGUCACGUUACGGAAGACUUGUGAGACGCGCGUUGCUAGAUGAGGCAACGAAGAGAUUCAUCUUGUACCUGAAUCAGGUGAGCAGCGUGGAGGUGAAUGAGCAACCUUUCAACCGAGUCCGCGCCUUGGUCGAAGAUGCGCGCAGACGAAAAAAGACGGCCGGACAGUUCGACUUCGACUCAGGUGUCCUCCAAACAAAAGGCCACCUCCAAGCUACGGCUCUCUUGUUGCGCCUAGACACGGCUCUGCUUGCCGACUUCCUUUCCCUGCACAGACUAGUGCGACCCAUCACCCAUCUAGUCGAGCUACACGUCAACCUAACAGAAUACAAGAGGGAAAGCCAACGUCUCAUUACUACCGCAGAAAGCUCCCGCCGGAUCUUACAACAAGCCGAGGGGAAUAUCUUCCUCGCCCAGUUCUGCGCACUCGAGCGCCAAAAUUCGUCAGAGCCGGCUAGAGCAGAGACUCUACUGCAAGAAGGGACUGCCGCAAUUGAGGAAGCGGAAAGGCUUUGUAACCUCCACACCGUCCAGACACGCGGCCUCCAGGAAGAGAUCGAGGGCACAAGGGCAAUGCUCGGCGGCUCGGAAUUUUAUACCCCGGUAACCAACGAGGAGCGCAUGGCCGUGGUGGCUGCCAUGUCACGGGAGUUCCGCGGAACAGGCCACUGGUAUUAUUGCGAAAAUGGACAUCCGUUCACAAUCGGAGAAUGUGGUGGUGCUAUGGAGCUGUCUCGGUGCCCUGAGUGCGGUGCUGCUGUGGGUGGUCAAGACCACCGAACAGCCACUGGUGUGACCCAUGCCCGUGAUUUGGAAACCGCAUUUCAGGACUUGCGUCUAUAG